GAAAUCAAAGUGGGAGGGGCCUCGGAGUAGACAAGAAGUGGGCGGUCCUAAUUGCUUCAAAUUCCCAACUGUCACUGAACUCACCACAGCAAAGUUGAAUUUACACGUGCGCAGGAGCGAAUUAAGAUUAGAUAAAAUAAUUAGAACCAACAGGACAUUGUAGCAUCAUGACAGACAUAAGUAAACGCACAUUUCAGUAUUUUGUUACUUGACUUCUGCGUCGAAAAUGCUUGGAGUUUAUUUUAUAUAAGGAAAGAUCAUGAUGGACUAUUGAUAUUCUUAAUAUUCUUCAAUCGGACUGUUGCCGCAUGCGUUCAGGCGGAUUUAUGUAAGUGUAGCUCCUUCAGGAUGAGACUCUGGACUUUGCUCGUCAUCAUCCCGAUGUGCGCAUCCUCUUCUAUUCCAGCGGGGCCGUUCCCAAACACGCGUCCAGGUGCGGAGAGCCGCUGCUUCGGGCGAGCCUGCAACCCCCACAUGGGGAACCUGGCCCACGGGCGAGUGCUGGCGACCCGCUCGGUGUGCGGCUCCAACUCCUCGGAGCCCUACUGCUUCUACAGACAGACGGCUGCGCCCCGCGGCCGGGAGUCCUGCUCGGAGGCGACGUGCGGCGAGUGCCGCUCCGCCGUCCCGGGCCACGCGCACCCGCCCUCUGCCAUGAGCGACUCCUCGUUCCGCCGCCCCGACACGUGGUGGCAGUCUGCGGAGGGCGCGAGGGAGGAGACGCUCCAGCUCGACCUGGAGACGGAGUUCCUCUUCACGCACCUCAUCCUGGUCUUCCGCUCGCCGCGGCCCGCCGCCAUGGUGCUGGAGCGCUCCCAGGACUUCGGGCGCACCUGGAGCGCGCUCCGACGCUUUGCGGCGGACUGUGAGCGGGUGUUCGGGCUGGCGGAGGGGUCGUCGGGUGGAGACGGCGGAGCAGCGUGCACGUCCAAGUACUCGGCGGCAUAUCCGUGUACCAGAGGAGAGGUGAUCUACCGAGCCCUGUCCCCCUGGCUGUCAGUGGAUCCGUACGGUCCGGCUGCACAGAAGCAGCUCAUGAUCACCAACCUGAGGGUCCGUCUGCUGCAGCACCAGCAGUGCCCCUGUCAGAGCCAACACCCUGCCGCCGCCGGUCUCCCCACGCAACAUUACGCCAUUUAUGACUUUAUUGUGAAAGGCAGCUGCCUUUGCAACGGACACGCUGACCACUGUGUUCGGGCCGGGGGCUACCGGCCCGGCCUGCAGAAGUCCAAGAACACGAUUCACGGCAGGUGCGCGUGCCGGCACAACACGGCCGGCGAGCACUGUGAGCGGUGUGCGCCGCUGUACAACGACCGGCCCUGGCAGGCCGCCAACGGCAUCACGGGGGCGGCGCACGAGUGCCGGAAGUGCAAGUGCAACAACCACGCCAGGAGCUGUCACUUCAGCCGCGGGCUGUGGCUGGCGAGCGGCCGGCGGAGCGGCGGCGUGUGCGACGGCUGCCGCCACCACACGGAGGGCCGUCACUGCCAGAGCUGCAGCAGGGGCCACUUCAGAGGCGCCGGGCGGCCGGCGGCGGCGGCCGACUCCUGCCAACCCUGCGCCUGCCAUCGCGCCGGCUCCGUCCUCUCGGGCGGCGCCGCCCUCUGCGACCCGAGCAGCGGGCAGUGCACCUGUAAGCCCGGCGUGGGCGGCCGCCGCUGUGAGCGCUGCAUGAUGGGAUACUGGGGGCUGCACGAGUACGGCUGCCGUCCGUGCGACUGCACGGGGGACUGCGACCCGUACACCGGCGACUGCGUCUCUGGCUCGGAUGUGGAGGUCUCCUAUGCAGCCAGUGGCCACAUGGGACCCAGCAGCAAUAACAGCGACACGGCACGCUUUAGGCUGGAGGAGCUUUUCUCUGCACUGCACCACUCUGAGAAUUGCGAUUGUGAAGGAGGAAACCUUCACAGCUCUAAACUCUUCUGUGCUGCCAAGUAUGACUAUGUGCUGGUGGUGAAGGUGAUGUCAGCUCACGACAAAGGCUCCCAUGCCGAAGUGGAGGUCAAGGUAAAGAAAGUCUUGUACCAGAACCCUCAGGUGAAGGUUCAAAGGGGAAGCGCCACCCUCUACCCAGAGUCCUGGACGGUUCAAGGCUGCACCUGCCCCCUCCUCAACCCAGGAUCGACUUAUGUCGUGGCCGGUCACGAGGACUGGAAGAGUGGCAGACUGAUCGUCAACACCAGGAGCCUGGUUAAACCGUGGAAGUUAAGCCUUGGACACAAACUCAUGCACAUCCUCAGGAACGACUGCAGCCGCCAGUAGCACAGUGACGAGGCCUGAAAUGGACGGAGAGAUGGUGAGAUGCAGAGUCAGGCGUUAAGGAUGGGACAGAUGAACAUACUCCCUGUUUUAGGGACUUCACCGUUACUUUGUUUUUGAAAGUGGAGGCUCUAAAGAAAGAAGCUAAACGCCAGCGGAUGUUUAAAACUGGGUAAAAAUAAGCACAUAAUGUAAGCAGCAACAGUCCCUUGAUCAAAGCAGCUCAUAAGGACUUUCAUCUGGACAAAGCUGAUGCUUGAAUAGCAUUCCUGUGUUAUGAUACACCUCAGGUCAGAAUCAUUUCCAGAUUAUUAUAGAACAAGAAGGAGAGUGAAUGUUAAAUAUCCAAUUAUGAUUUAUGUCCUGGCUGAAGUUGCCGUCUGAGUUGAUGAGCCAAAACACAGUCACGGCCGACUGUAUCGGAUUCUGCAAAAGGUCCAGACCGGCUCUGGGAUAAAUCAGAAAUGAGUCAAUAUCAGAGUGAGUGUGGAUGCGUGCAUAUUCCAUAUGUCUUUGGUAAAGCAGGCUGGGACUGAGCAGGUCAGAACAAGUAUGUCCCAGAAGGGGAGACGUAAUGAAAAACUUUAAAGGGCUGAUGGAGUGUAUGAAGAGCUCUGCUCCAGCACUCGCCCACCUGCUGUCUGACAAGUGCAAGACAAACUGCGCUCCAAGCUCUCAGGUCUGCGGAAGCGGCUGAAGCACACGGUUUAGUCUGACAGCUGGAUCUGCUGUCGGACGUCUCGGCUCGGACUCCGCUCUCGGAGUUUCCUGACGUCCUCAGAAGACCUGCUUUCACGUGAGGACGACCCACUUGUCUGUGAACCUGAGCGGUUCCCGUGGACCUGUUUACUGCGGGGGAACGGGAGCACACGCUCCUCCACUCAGCCCGUGACUCCUGCUGCCCUAAAAUAAAUAUGUAUUAAAAGCCUGGGUACGUGCUGACAUCACCGAGUCCACAGGCCAUUCUGGAGCCAGGCCCAGAUAAGAAUAGGCCUCGUCUGCUGUCUCCAAGGAGAAGGACAAACUGUUUGAGGAGACACGAUGCAUUCUUCAGCCAUGACAUCACUGCCCGCGACCUUGUUGCAAAGACUUUACCGAAAUGAGGGAAAAUGGGCUGAUGGGCUGUUUCUCGUAAAGGACAAAGGGCGUGUGAAUGUUCCGCGUGUGUUCAUUAUGUUGUUUGUUUCAUGCAUUAGCUACUCCACUGUUGAAGUUAUAUGAACAGCUGAUGGCAGACGCUGGCUGAUGUUUGCCCCGUGUUUGAGUGCUGCCCUCCUCUGGCUAAAAGGGAGAAAUGCAUUUUCAUAUUGUUCAUUCGCCAAACAAUGAGCACGCUUAAGCCUUUAUAACAUGUACCAACAUCAGUCCAGACAUGAUUUAUAACAAUUUAUUUCUUAUAAAAACUCAAAUUAAACGCAAAGAAAUUUAGAAAUAGAAAUAUUUCAUAGCAGUUGUUUUUCCUCCCAACAAGGCUCAUGUCAAAGCAAAGUUACUGUACUUGCCAAAGGCUUUUUUGCAUGAAUCUCUUGCAUAUGUUUCCUUUGCUUUUCCUUUUGCUAUUGCAGCACAAUAAAACAUAACUGAAUACA